AUGGAUAUCUUGGAAGGACUAAAGCGAUACCGUUUGUUUCAACCUGCAGUUGAUGAUGCUGAAGUGAUUUAUCGAAAUGCCGUAGUUCGUAUAGACAGCCACAAUGCUUUCAUGGGGAUCAACAUGUUUAGGAAAAAGAUAAACUUCUGCAACUUUCCGUUCCUCUGGGGAAUCUUUACUUUAUUUUUCUUUACUUACUUAAUGAUUGAAACGGCCUAUUGGUAUCGACAGGAAAUUGAGAAGGUUCUGAUGACGGUAACUACUUUUGGGUUUUCUAUUCAGAUGUCGUCAAAAAUUUACACAUUCAUUCUUACACGCAAGAGAAUCCUCGAAGUGAAUCAAAUGAAUCUGGAUUACUUUCAGCUUGAUGUUGUGAAAAGUACAUCAGUUAAAAAAGCACUUCAGAGAAGUUCCAGUUUAACCCACAUCCUUGUAACGAUAUCGUUAUUUACCUACCAUAUUUUGGCUGGUAUUGUUGCCACAGGGCCUAUGGUUUUGGGUUUGGCAACUUCGAACAAGCUGCUUCCGUUAGGUGUCGAAGUGUUACAUUCUGAUUCCUGGAUUGCCUAUUUCGUAAAUUAUUUAAUGCAGUUUAAUUUGUGCUAUUAUGGCGCAUUUUUAACAACGACCUCAGAGGCUGCAUAUAUUUUGUUUGUUCUUACCGCUACCGGACAUAUUGAUGCUAUAAUUGGAUUGCUAGAUGAAUUGCAGGAUAUGACGAAAAAGCGCGUCGACGAAGCGAAAGUCUCCGAACAGUUGUUCAAAGUUCUUCAAAUUCAUCAGUAUCAUCAACACUAUAUGAGAAAAAUCGUCGAUUUGUUUCAGGUUUACUUUCUCCUUGCUAUCGCCUCACUUUAUUCCUGCGUGACGAUCAGUUUGGCUUCAUUUGUUCUGAUAAAUUGGUAUAUUGGAAUGGUGGUCGUUUUCUUCGCGUCUUUCCAGAUAUUUUUUAUGUGCUUUCUUGGAACUCAUCUCCAGAUGAAGAAUGAUCAGUUAAUGACAGUAGUGGGCUCAUUCGCUUGGUUUGCUCUCCCUGUUCGUGACCAGAAACAAGCAAUUUUAUUUCUUGCCGCGACUCAAAGGCCAAUUUCUCCGACGGCUGUUUUGGGUAUACUGAAUGUGGAAACUUUUCUUAAGAUUUAUAAAAGUGUGUACUCAAUGCUGAUGGUACUGUUACGUGUUAAAGUAUAA